AUGUUAAGUUCGAGCUCACUACGAUCUCCUGAACAUAUUUUUCCAUUUGGAUUUAACAAUCAACCGAGAGGUUGUUUCGCUUCUGCUCCAAAUUUUUCUCAGAGUAUUGUAUCGAGUCCAGCGAUUUCGGACAGAGGUCUCGGAGAUAUAGAAUAUGUAACUCAAACGGAGAAAAGGACUGGCAGAGUUGAGAGUAAUACACCUUCUAUCCCCUCAGAAUUUCCGGAAAUAGGACCCUUUGCGCAGACAUCCUCAUCAGCGCGAUGUCAAAUUUCCGCCUCUCUGAGCAAAAUUGAUGGAGGGUAUCUUCCUGGCCAUAAACUGUCGAAAGAGUCAGUAAAGCGGAGGAUAAAGAGCACACUCCAAAACCUAAGUAGAUCUUUGAGCAUAGAUAGGUCAUCUUGCACUCGAUCGGACGACAACGAAAUUCUGCUGGAAAACAUGAAAGAAGCGGAGCCUCAAAUUUCAGGAGAGGAAGCUUUUAUCACCUCUAGGUUGUUGGAGGAAUGCUCUCAUGACACAUUCAUCAUCCAAUUCAUUAGAAGGUUUCCAACUCAAGAACUUGGAAUUCGUUACGAAAAGGAUGAGAUUGGUUUGUAUAUCAGUCGUCUGGCUAAGUUAAGGCAUCUUGAAUCUAUUCAGAAGUAUUUCCAAGUGGGAGAUCGGAUCGUAUCUUUGCAAGGAGUCCCAGCUUACCUUCUUGAUGUUAGCGACGUCCCUAAAGUCAUUCGGGGAUCUGAAGUGAUCACUGUUAAAAUCGUUCGGCCUUCCCGUAGGUGA